UCACAACUCUCACCAACCACAUUACCAAACAAAGCAUUGAAAAAAAGAAAAAUAUGCCAUAGCCAUACAAUAAUAGAGAAACUUGGAAACUUCAUCACCCAUUAUCCAUUUUUUCCCAAUCAACUGGUCUGCAAUUUUCUGGAACAACCUUAUUAUUAUUCACUAUUUUUGCUUCUAAUCAAAAUCAAUCUCUCUCUCGCUGCUUAAUCCAAAAAAGACAGCAAUUUUGCAAUUCCAGACAUGGUGGAGGAUACUGUGAAAGAAAAUGCUGAAAAAGAUUCUUCUGCACACGAGAUAUCGCCAGGAAAACCUCCUUUACUAACUUGGCAACGACAGCUGAAUGCUAAUGGAAAUAUACCUUUGGCUUUCAACCUAAGUUUUCGAGAAAUAAUGCAUAUGCUUCCAAUAGGCCUGCGACUAUGGCGUUACACCAAGGAAGAAGCAGCGAAAAGAAGAUUUCCAAUAUUUGACUUUUCCAAGAAGCGUGUGAUUACGGGUGAUCACGCCGUUCCCUUAGGCGGUAUUGGAGCAGGAAACAUUGGAAGAAGCUACAAAGGGGAAUUUCAAUUCUUUAAAUUGUUUCCAUUAAUAUGUGAAGAAAGCCCCAUUUUAGCAAAUCAGUUUUCAGUUUUUGUUACCCGCCCAAACGGUAACAAGUUUUCUACUGUAUUGUGUUCAAGAAAGCCAGAGAUACCAAAAGAAAGCACAGGCUCAGGAAUUGAAUCAUGGGAUUGGAAUCUGAAAGGCGAAAAAUGUACAUACCAUGGUUUGUUUCCAAGGGCCUGGACAACCUAUGAAGAUGAACCAGAUCCAGAACUUAAAAUUGUUUCGCGCCAAAUCUCACCUUUCAUUCCUCACAACUAUAAAGAAAGCAGCUUUCCUGUAUCAGUCUUUACAUUCACAUUAUCUAAUUAUGGAAGGACUUCAGCAGAUGUCACUCUGCUCUUUACAUGGGCUAAUUCGGUUGGUGGUGUCUCAGGAUUUUCUGGUCAUCAUUCCAACUCAAUUAUCAUGAAAGAAGAUGGAGUUCAUGUAGUCAAUUUACAGCACAAAACACCAGAUGGACAGCCUCCAUUUACUUUUGCCAUUGCAGCACAAGAGACACCUGAUAUACAUGUAUCAGAAUGCCCUUGCUUCGCUACAUCAGGCAAUUCUCAGGGCAUUACAGCAAAAGAAAUGUGGGAGGAAAUUAAAAAGCAUGGAACAUUUGAUCACCUAGGCUCCUACAAAACCUCACCUUCAGAACCAGGAUCGUCCAUUGGUGCAGCGAUAGCAGCCUCGGUGUCUAUUCCUCCUGACUGUGUCCGUACUGUAACAUUUUCAUUGGCAUGGGACAGCCCAGAAGUAAGAUUUAGCGGAAGAAGUUAUCAUAGGCGUUAUACAAAAUUCUAUGGCACUCUAGGGGAUGCAGCUGCUGAUAUUGCACAUGAUGCUAUUCUUGAGCAUGCUCAUUGGGAAUCUGAGAUAGAAGCAUGGCAAAGACCAAUUCUCGAAGACAAAAGACUUCCUGAAUGGUAUCCUAUUGCUCUCUUCAAUGAGCUUUAUUAUCUCACUGCUGGGGGAACUGUUUGGACAGAUGGAUCACCUCCAAUGCAAAGUUUUCAAGCAAUUAAAGAUAGAAAAUUUUUUCUGGAUAAGUCAAGCUCAGAUUUCGGAAAUACUUAUGGUAUGGCUCACAAGAAUGAUACAGCUAUUGGAAUCCUAGAAAGGAUGGCAUCUAUAUAUGAGCAAAUACAAAAUCCAGAAAUCUCAAAUGCUGCUUUCGGAACAAAUUUGCUCCAAAUUGGAGAAGAAAAUAUUGGUCAAUUCCUGUACCUUGAAGGUUCUGAAUACCUCAUGUGGAAUACCUAUGAUGUUCAUUUCUACUCAUCUUUUGCACUUCUAAUGCUAUUCCCGAAACUUGAGCUAAGCAUCCAAAGAGACUUUGCAGCUGGAGUGAUGAUGCAUGAUCCUACUAAGAUGCAAGUGAUGAGCGAUGGAAAGCAGGUUCCACGAACAGUUCUCGGUGCUGUUCCACAUGAUAUUGGGCUUAAUGACCCUUGGUUUGAAGUAAAUGCUUAUAAUCUUUUCAGUACAUCAAGAUGGAAGGACUUGAAUUCUAAAUUUGUACUCCAAAUAUACAGGGAUGUAAUUGCUACUGGGGAUAAAAGUUUUGCACAAGCUGUUUGGCCAUCAGUUUAUGUUGCAAUGGCUUAUAUGGAUCAGUUUGACAAGGAUGGAGAUGGUAUGAUUGAGAACGAGGGAUUCCCUGAUCAAACCUAUGAUGCAUGGUCUGUUACUGGUGUGAGUGCAUAUUGUGGUGGGCUUUGGGUGGCGGCGCUCCAGGCUACUUCAGCCCUGGCGUGUGAAGUUGGUGACAAUGCAUCUGCUAGCUACUUCUGGGUCAAGUUUCAGAAGGCAAAAGCUGUAUAUAGCACACUAUGGAAUGGUUCCUACUUCAAUUAUGACAGCAGUGGUAAUAGUUCUAUUCAAGCUGAUCAGUUGGCUGGGCAGUGGUAUGCCAGGGCAUGUGGCCUUUCCCCGAUCGUUGAUGAGGAAAAAUUGAGAAGCGCCCUUGAAAAGAUUUACAAGUUUAACGUCUUACAAGUCAAAGGGGGAAUGCGGGGUGCAGUCAAUGGGAUGCUACCAGAUGGAAGAGUAGAUAAGUCAGCAUUGCAAUCAAGAGAAAUAUGGCCUGGAGUUACAUAUGGUCUUGCUGCGUCUAUGAUUCAAGAGGACAUGGUGGAAAUGGCAUUUCAGACUGCUGCAGGUAUCUAUCAAGCGGCAUGGUCACAAGAAGGUCUCGGUUAUUCAUUUCAGAUUCCAGAAGGGUGGAAUACUGAUGACCAGUAUAGAUCUAUUUGUUACAUGCGACCAUUAGCGAUAUGGGCAAUGCAGUGGGCAUUAUCAAAGCCUGAGCUCUUUAAAGAGGAGAUGGAGCUUGACUUGACUAAUGAAAGUUUAUAUCUUAAGCAAAAUGUUGGGUUUUCUAAAGUUGCUCACCUUUUGAAGUUGCCAGAUGAUGAUGCUUCUAAAAGCUUGCUACAGGUUGCUUAUGAGUUCACUUGCAGUAGAUGUCCAUAGCAACCUUCAAAACAUUCAGAAGUGUUGUAUAUUUCAGUGGUAGAAUAGCUGGAUAUAUGAACAAAAGAUGGCAUUGUUAUAAUAGUUCAUUUGUUCUGCUAGAUGUUAUACAAGUAUAAUACUCCAACAGACUUUCAGAACAUAACUUCAGGAUGUGGUUUAUACCAACUACAAAUUAUAGGAAAUUGCAAGACUAUCCUAUAAUCUUUAU